AUGAACAAUGGCGAUGUUCAAGGUGAAAUCGUCAAAUUACAACAACAUCUUGUUCUUCUUCGUGAAGAAUAUGUUAAACUUCAACAACGAUAUAAAAUAUUAGAAAAAAAUUAUAAUAUUCUUAAUGUAACAACUAAAAUUGAUCAAGAUUCAUUUGUAUGUCGUCUACUUAAAACAAUCGCUGACUUAUUUAAUCGUGAACUUUACAGUGAUAUAUCAAUUAAACUUGAUGGAGAAACUUUAUAUGGACAUCGAUUUAUUUUAGCAGCACGUAGUCUUAAAUGGGAUUCACAAGAAUUAGAUGAUAUAACUGAACUUGAUCUAUCAGACAUUCCAUAUGAUGUUGGAUUUCAAUUAAUAAAAUGGGUUUAUACAGAUGAAAUUGUUGAAAAACAAAAUGAAGAUUUUUUAUUAACUUUAAUGAAAAUAGCAAAACGAUUUGAAUUAAAAGAAUUAAUUGAUCAAUGUGAAGUUGCAUUAAUAUCAGCUGUAAAUGUUCGUAAUUGUUUAAAAUUUUAUAAAAUAGCUGAAGAAAUCAAUGCAUCUGUUUUACAAAUACAUUGUAGUCAAUUAAUUAGUACACAUUGGACUGAUUUUACAAGUGAAGAUUUUCAAUAUUUAUCUGCAGCAAUGACUUAUAAAUUAUUUAAAGAAAAAACAAAAUAUUCACUUCAUCAAGCUAUACGAAUGAAACGUGAAGAUGUUCUUUUUCUUUAUUUAAUUGAUCAUGAUGAAGAUUUAGAAGAACGUGUUAAUGAAAUUGAUGAUCAAAAUGAAUUAGCACUUGAAUUAGCAUUAAAAACAAAACAAGAUAGUAUGGCAGAAAAUCUUGUGCGUCAUAAAGCAGAUAUUAAUCAUAUUGAUAAUAAAAAUCAAACAUUACUUCAUUUAGCUAUUAAACGAGGUGAUGAACAUUCCGCUAGUUUUCUUAUUAAACAUUUAUGUUUACUUGAUCAUCAAACAAAUAUUUUACAUGAAACACCAUUACAUCUUCUUAGUAGUCUUAAUCCAAUGGAAAUUUCAUCAGAUAUUAUGUCUGGUAUGUGUCGUGUUGCACAAUUAAUACUUGAAUAUGGAGCUGAUACAAAUAUAAAAGAUAUACAAGGAAAUACAUGUCUUCAUCGAGCUAUAUUAGUUAAUAAUAUGGAUGUUUUUCAAGAAUUAUUAAAAUCACCAAAUAUAUCAUUAGAUGAAAGAAAUAUUGAUGAUCAUGUACCACUUUGGCUUGCUCUUCAACAAGCUGAACAACAACAUAUGGAUUUUAACAAUAAAACAUUUGCUAGUUUACUUGUUGAACGUGGUGCAAGUAUUGAUGCUAUUGAUCCAUUAUUAAAUGAUUCACUUUUACAUAAAUGUGCACGUCAUCAUUAUCAAUCAGCUGGUAUUUAUUUAAUAGAAAAAAAUGCUAAUAUUAAUCAUAUGAAUAAACAAGGUGAAACAGCAUUACAUUUAACAUCACAAUUUGGAUUAGAAAAAUUAACAAAUACUUUAUUAGAAAAUGGUGCUAAUCCAAAUAUUCAAACAUAUAUAACAUCAUCAUUACCUGAUGAAAUUAAUAUAAAUGUUGGUCUUCAAACAGCCAUUCAUCGUGCUGUUUAUGCAUCACAAGAACGUAUACUUGAUAUAUAUAUAAAUAUGUAUGAAAAAAUUUCUAAUGAAAAUUUAAAACCAAAUUUUAAUUUACAAGAUGAACAUGGUCAAAGUGCUUUUUCUUUAACACUAUGGAUGAAUAUGUUAACAAUAUCAAAACAAUUAUUACAAAAAGGUUAUGCACAAAUAGAUAUUGUUGAUAUAGAACAAACACCUUUAUUAGCACAAGCUAUUAUUAAACAAAAUGUUCAAGCAGCUCUUUUUUUACUUGAACAAAAUGUUGAUGUUAAUCAAAAAAUACAUGAUUUAUGUCCAAUACAACUUGCUGUUAAAUAUCAUUUACCAUCAGUUAUUGAAGCACUUUGUCGAAAUAGUGUUAAUAUGAAUGUUGUCGAUGAAAAUAGAAAUAGUGUUCUUUGGAAUGCAUUAGAUUCUGGUCAAGAAGAUAUUGCAACAAUACUUGUAAAGUAUGGUUGUGAUAGCACACAAUGGUCAAAUGGACCUGAUAAUUGUCGACAAACAUUAUUACAUCGAGCAAUUGAUGAAAACAAUGAAAGUGUUGCUUGUUUUCUUAUAAGAAGUGGUUGUGACAUUAACUCUCCUCGUCAACCAGGUUUAAACGGUGAAACACCUGAUAUAUGUAAAACUCUUGAAAGUCCUUUACAUCUUGCUUGUCAAUGGGGUCUUGAGCGAGUUGUUUCAACAUUAAUUGAACAUCAUGCUGAUAUUAAUAAAAAAGAUACUGAAGGAAAUACACCUCUUCAUGUUGCAAUUAUUAAUCAACAUAUAACUAUAAUAAGUUUAUUAAUUCGUGCACCUAAUUUAGAUCUUUUAAUUCGUAAUAAACAAAAUCAAACAUCAUUUGCUUGUUCAAUUGUAUCAAAAAAUAAUGAAGCAGCUAAUCUUAUUUUAAAACGAGAACCAAAAGCAGCUGAUCAACUCGAUAAUAAAGGUCGAAAUUUUCUUCAUAUAGCUGUACAAAAUGGUGAUAUUGAAAGUGUUCUAUUUUUAUUAACUGUUAAUGUUAAUGUCAAUAAUCGAGUAGAUGAUGCUAAUCAAUUAACUCCACUUCAUUUAUGUGUACAAACAGGCAAUGAAAUUAUUUUAAGAAAUCUAUUACUUGCUGGAGCUAAUAUUAAUGAUGUAACAGCAAAUCGUCGAUCUGCUUUACAUCUUGCUUCAGAGAAUAAUCGUGGUUUUAUCUGUAGCAUCCUUCUUGAAAAUCAUAUUCAAGCAAAUUUACUUGAUUCUAAUCACAAUACUGCACUUCAUUUGGCUGUACAACAUGGUCAUUUAGAUGUUGUACGUCGUUUACUAUCUGAAUCGGAUAUUGAUGUAUUUACACUUAAUAAUAAAGGAAUGAAUUGUCUUCAUGUUUUGGCAUCGUAUAGUAGAGAAAAUGCACAUUUAAUAUUUACUAUUUUACUAGAAUUUUAUCCAAAAUUUCCUCUUGAUGUUCAAGAUGCACAAGGAAAUACAGCACUACUAUUGGCUUAUAAAAAUGGUCAUGGUCAAUUAUGUCGUGCACUAGUAGCAGCUGGUGCUAAUUUAAGUAUUUGUAAUUAUGAUUCAUUUUCAAUAUUUACUAUGCCAACUGCAAGUAAAGCUUUAUUAGUUAGUAUACUUGAUAACAUUCCACGUGAACCUCCAUGGGGCGAAAGUGAAACAUGUUUAGAAUGUGGAACGAAAUUUACUAUAACAAAUCGAAGACAUCAUUGUCGACAUUGUGGUCGAGUUUUAUGUAAACGAUGUUCUCUUAACGAGUUACCAAUUAUGAAAUUUAAUUUACAAAGACCAGUGAGAGUAUGUCAAUUAUGCACUGAUGUAUUGACUCAUGGUGUUAUGGCUGCUCGAUAA